CCACUUUCUGUCCAUUCCAAGCUAACUGCUUCCCUUCCCCACCUCCCCUUUUCAAACGCUCACAUGCAAAGAAAGGUCUGCUUAAGCUCAUUCCUCUUGUGUCUACCAAUUCUUCCAAAACUGAUCAUCUUUCUCUCUGUCGUUCUUGGGCUGUUUUGGGCUAUUGAUUUCGACUGCUCUGUUCAACGAGUUUGGCAAUCAUGGUGAAAAAGGUAUGAACUUUCCUCACCAAGACAGAGUUGCCUUCUUCUGGGUUUCCAAUUCUUUCUCUGUCUGUGUAUUGGUUCUUUCGAAUUUUGGCCAAAGAUCUGUUCUUUUCCCCGCUGUUCUCAUCAAUUCCCCUGUUUCCCCCCUGCAGAAAUCUUCUAAAUUUGAACCACAGAAGCACAAUUCAUGCCUUCGCCGUGGGUUCCCUUUAGUACUUUUGCUAUCUGUUGCAUUCUUCAUCGGAAGUGGAUUCAUAGUCACAGAUUAUAAACAGGUACUACAACACCAGACUCUGCUAUCAGUAAUGAAGCUAGUAGGAAGUUGGGGGCAGCCUAUUGAUGUCCAAAGAUCCGCGGUUUGUGAGAAUGGAGAGAAGCCAUAUGGAACCAAUACAUUACCUAAAGGGAUCAUUUCUGCAACUUCUGACUUUCAAAUGAGAUCGCUAUGGGGUGACGAUGACAAGAAGGCAAAGAGAUCCAAGAGCUUACUAGCAAUGGCAGUUGGGAUAAAGCAAAAACUGAAUGUCGAUAAGAUUGUCCGAAAGUUUCCACCUGCUGACUUCGUCGUGAUGCUGUUCCAUUACGACGGAAAUGUGGAUGAAUGGAAAGGAUUGGACUGGAGCAACCAAGCCAUACAUGUUUCUGCUAACAACCAAACGAAAUGGUUUAGUAAUUUUUCGUUACAGCAAGUCCUGUGGUUUGCUAAACGUUUCUUGCAUCCUGAUAUCAUUUCGGAGUAUGAAUACAUCUUCUUGUGGGAUGAAGAUCUUGGAGUUGACAAUUUCCAUCCUGGAAGAUAUCUGUCAAUUGUAAAAGCGGAAGGACUUGAGGUCUCGCAGCCAGCACUGGAUCCCGAGAAGUCAGAGGUGCAUCAUGAAAUAACUGAGCGAAACCCGGCAGGAAGAUUUCACAGAAGGACGUACAAGAAGAUAGGACCCAGACAGUGCACUGACAACAGCACAGCUCCUCCAUGCACAGGGUUUAUAGAAAUGAUGGCUCCUGUUUUCUCGAAGGCGUCAUGGCGAUGUGCAUGGCAUAUGUUUCAGAAUGACUUGGUACACGGAUGGGGGGUCGAUUUUCAGCUCGGUUACUGUGCACAGGGUGACCGGACCAAAAACAUUGGUGUUGUUGAUUCGGAGUACAUUGUGCACGAGGGUCUUCCUACUCUAGGUGGUUCUGCCUCGGACAAGGUGUUGCUGCCAUUGAGUGCCAACCAAGCAUCAGGCAGAUCAGCAGUGAAAAAUCGGUCAUACGUUGAGCUGGAGUUGUUCAAGAACAGAUGGAAGAAUGCUGUGAAGAAAGAUUCGUGUUGGGUUGAUCCCUAUCCACAAUGAACCAAGCAGAUCGAUAAGGGCCAGAUGCAGUGUGCAGCUAUUUCCAUGGUCUUUUAGUGAAGCUUGGAAAGGAUUAGCAGUCAAACACCACUGAAAGAUCUACAGUGGCAGGGGAAACCUUGGACACCUUUUUGCAACGAUCUCACCAUCUCUCUCUCAUUGUAUUAUUAUUUACUUGUAUCCCAAUUCGUAUCUUAAUCUGUACACAACCAUGUGCUUGUAAGAGCUACAUAAUAUAUGGAUAAAGUAAAUUACUGGCUAUCCUCGCCUGAGAGGUAUUUUCAGUAAUAGGGAAGUGUUUUGAGUAGAGCUAUCCUGAUUACCUGAGAUAAAUUUUCACCCAGCGAGAAGUUGCAGAAUAUGGACAAUGUUGAUUGAAGCCUUGCAUUAGCUUGGGGUAAGCCGUAAGAAUCAUGCACAAGUAGUUUUAGUUAUUCAGCAUCCAUAAUUAGAAGCAAAAAUGACAGACCUUGAGAAGCCAGAGAAGUUCAGAUACAUACAGGAGAAUUGAGAAGUAUCAAGCUACUAAGCUUAUCUUGGUGACUUCUUGCAUAUUUCCCAGCAACAGGAGCAGAAUAUCCCUGUACAGCAAGUCAGAUCUUACUGCGCGAUUUCAUCUAUUAAGUACUCCAACGAAGAUGCAUAUUCUGCAGAUAACAGAACCCCAAAAAAAUACCCAGCACACAAAGAAAAUCCAACCCAUUAGACUGAUUCCAGUCAACCAUCAGACUGAUUCCAGCUCUUCAGAAACAAAACAUCAGAAUGAUUCCAGUUCGCCCCCAAGGAAGGAUAGAAAUGUUCAGACAGCAGAAAUGUCUAGGAAGCUAUGUUCACAAGUCUGUUUCAGCAUUCAUAGAUACACAAUUACAGAGCAAUGUAAAAUGGUGGCAAAUCGGAAUUACACAUUUCAUCUUCUGGCUGUUUGAAAUUCACCCCAUCCUCCCACCACUCUACUUGACGUAGUAAGGAAGGUUAAGAACAUAGAGAAGGAAAUAGGCCCAGGUCACCCCUGAAACCCCACCGAAGAAGAACCCUCCGGUGAACUUCGCCCACCCGUCGGCGGUCUGCAGCUGGUCAGGCUGCUUCUUCCUCCCGGUCAGCGUCAGGCUCGGGGCGGUCGACGGCUCCCCUUCGUUGAAGGAGGCGACUCCGUACAUGGUCAGGCAGAGGCUGAGGAUCACCACCAGCCCGGCGGCGGCCAAGGAACCCGCUGCCCCGGCGUACUCCGUGUUCCUGAGCGGCCCGGCCUUCACGAACGGGCCCACGAGGAGAAACCCAUGGGCCAGGCCCACUUCGAUCCCCCUCAGGAGUGGGCUCACCGCGGUCCGGUACGCGGGGAGGUUGGAGAGGUACCAGGCGAUCAGUGGGCUGGACGUGACCGGAGUCUCCAGGCUGCCGAUGAACGGGUCGCCGUUGAUCGGCUGCACCACUUGGUACGUCGGCUUGUCGGCCUGAAUGGCCUUGACAGUGAAGGAAGAAGAUCGCCGGGAGGUGGGCGAAACUCUGAAGGAAGCGCCGGAAAUGCCAUUGGGGACGGUCAGACCUCUCCUCGCGGAAGAAGUGAAGCUGGAUCUGAGCUGGCUAGCCAUUGGAGAUGUUGUGGCAGCCAUAGUUAGCAAGCUAGCGUUUGCUCUCUUUCUUUUCCCAGUAAUUUACAAAAGAGAGAGAGAUGGAAGAGGCCACUGGCAAAGAUUUGCGGUUCUCGUUUAUUUGUGUGAGUAUAUCUCAGGGAAGAGAAUCUGUUGGAUGAAAACUUGUGGUUUGGAGAAGGAUGGGGGUGUGAUAGUUGGAGG